CUUCCUUCCUGGACUCUGUGCGCGGUCCUGCCAUUCUCGCAUUCCGUUCGCGCUCACGUGUUGCGUCUGUAUAAAAAGCUCGCAGUCCCUGCUCAUCAUGCUCAGUGUGUCUCCAGACAAACGGCGAAAAAUGGAGUCGGCGCUCAACCAGCUGAAGAAGCACACAGUGGUGGUGGCCGACACGGGGGACUUUAACGCCAUUGAUGAGUACAAGCCACAGGAUGCCACCACCAAUCCGUCUCUUAUCCUAGCUGCUGCCAAAAUGCCUGCCUACCAGAACCUAUUGGAUCAGGCCAUCAAAUACGGCAUUGCCAAGGGCGGAACUGAGGAGGAGCAGAUUGCCAACACCAUGGACAAGCUGUAUGUGAGUUUUGGUCUCGAGAUCCUCAAGAAGGUCCCAGGCAGGGUCUCGACCGAGGUGGACGCGAGACUGUCUUUUGACAAAGAGGAAAUGGUGGCCAAGGCUUUGAGGUUCAUUGCACUCUAUGAGGAAGCUGGGAUCAGCAAGGAGCGGGUGCUCAUCAAGUUGUCUUCAACAUGGGAGGGAAUCCAAGCUGGCAAGGAAUUGGAAGAGAAGCAUGGCGUUCACUGCAACAUGACCCUCAUUUUUUCUUUUGCACAAGCUGUAGCCUGUGCAGAAGCAAAGGUAACCCUCAUCUCACCGUUCGUUGGGCGCAUCCUCGACUGGUACAAGGAAAACACAGAUCGUAAAUCCUAUGAGCCUCAUGAAGACCCAGGUGUCCAGAGUGUGACAAAGAUAUACAACUACUACAAGAAGUUUGGCUACAGUACAGUGGUGAUGGGCGCUUCGUUCCGAAACACUGGACAAGUCAAAGCUCUGUGCGGAUGCGACCUGCUCACAAUCUCUCCUGGGCUGCUAGCAGAACUCAGCCAGGACCAUAGCGCUGUCACACAGAUGCUUAAUUUGGAAACAGCAAAGGGGUGCAAUCUGCCAAAGGUCCACCUGGAUGAGAAGGCCUUCCGCUGGCAACACAAUGAGGACCGCAUGGCAGUUGAAAAAUUGUCUGACGGCAUCCGCAGGUUUGCUGCUGAUGCAAUCAAGCUGGAAACUGUGAUCAAAGAGAAAAUGCUUCAUGUUAAGAAUGGUCAGUAACGGUCCACAUGGACUGUAUCCUGCGGCACGGAUGCAGAUUUUUCAGGGUUGAGACUGCCUUGUUUGCUAGCUUUCACUUGAGAGGCAUUUGAAAGCACCCCAAAAUAUUCUCCAUCUCGCUGACCAAACUCAAGAAACAUCCCUUAUGAAAGGCUAUCUCCCAUCCACUCCUUAGAUGCAAAGUCUUAUGUGACCAAAUGUGAUCAAUGAUACUAAUGUUGUUGUUUGAGGUAUUUAACCAGAGGGUACUAAAUCAUUCCAGAGAGUUGCAUCACGUGAGUACUACAGAGUGUCACGAGCACUUUUUACCAGAAGAACCAAUGUUUGAAUUGACUAUUAGCUCAAUGGAGUGUGAAGCAAUUUUGUAAUGCUAAUCCUCAAAUUUUACAUGUUUUUCUUGCAAAGUACAGUAUAAUAAAUAAAAAAUUAUAAGCA